GGCAACCGACUGGUCAUAUUUUUCCCUCGCUAGAAUUGUAAAAAGAAUCAAAAACUAUUAAUAAAAAGGAAGAGAUCGUCCCUUAACCAUGGCGCCCUUCAAGCGAGUGCGCCAGCCGAAGAUCCCAACCCAUGCGCUACUCGACUUUGACCUGGGUGAGAGCUCCUCCGACAGCGACUUUUUGCCGGACAUAGACAACUGCUCCGAAAAGGACGAAAGCGACGGAGAAGGGGAUAGCAGUGAUGCCAGUAGCAGUAGCGAAUCGGAUUCUGGCGAGGACUCUGAUGCAGAGAGCGAGGAUUCAACGCUGCAGCUGCGCCAGCUUCUGGCCGACAGUGAGGCUGGAGGAGCAGGACCAGGAGCCGGGUCAGGAAGCAACGAGCUGCCGUUUGAAAACGGCACAGGAACCGGUAACGGUAUCAAUGGGAGAGCCCCUCCAAUCCUAUCGAGUGCUCCAGCUAAGCGGAUGUGUUGUGUGUGCUUGGGAGAGCGCAGCGACGACGUAAACGAAAUUGUGGAGUGUGAUUCCUGCGGCGUAUCCGUACACGAAGGCUGCUACGGUGUAAGCGAUAAUGUUAGCAUAUCCAGCACCAAUUCCACCUGCUCCACAGAGCCUUGGUUCUGUGAGGCAUGUCGGGCAGGCGUCUCGGAGCCGGACUGCGAGCUUUGUCCAAACAAGGGCGGCAUCUACAAGGAGACAGACGUUGGCAAGUGGGUGCACCUGAUAUGCGCACUGUAUGUGCCAGGCGUAGCUUUCGGCGAGGUGGAGCAGCUCUCUUCCGUAACUCUGUUCGAGAUGCAGUACAGUAAGUGGGGCGCCAAGGUGUGCUCCCUCUGUGACAACUCUCUGUUUGCCCGAACGGGCGUCUGCAUUGGCUGCGAUGCGGGAAUGUGCAAGACAUACUUCCACGUUACUUGCGCCCAGGUUGCGGGCUUUCUCAUUGAGGCCCAUCAUGAGGACGAUGCCGCCGAUCCGUUCUACGCCCACUGCAAAGUGCACUCCGAAAAGGAAAUGAUCAAGAAGAGGCGUCGUAACUACCACACGCUGCGCCUAAACAUGCUGCAGCGAGCCAAGGAAAAGGAACUUGCAGCCAGCAACAAUGAAAAUGAGGAACAACAUCCGAAUCCUGCCCAGGCGCGUAUCCAGCGAAAGCUACUGAAAAUUCAGCAAAAGUAUGCUCAUCACAAGGAGCACAAGCCCACUCCUUGGGUGCCAACGCAGAAGAUGUCGCGCUUACUCACGACCUCAGCGUCAGCUUGCCGACGACUACUGGCCAAGGCGGAGAUUAUGUCGGUGGACGUGCAACAUCUGGAGCAACGCGAGGCGCACAUCAACGCUCUGACUGAUAUCCGUAAGAAGUGGCACAUCGCACCCGCGUUCAGUGUCGAGUUUGCAGCAUACUACAUGGACCGCAUUGACCGGAUGGAGGAUUUUCGGAAACAACAGCGUCAGCUCAUCGCCCAUAACGCUAUCUUGUCCAAGGACCAGGAUGUUCUGAGGGCCCAAUACGAUACGGCCUUGGAGGAACGUAAAUCGGUUAAAGCCACAAGGGACGCGUUAUUAGCCAGUGUUAAGUCAUUGCACACGGCAUUGGCAGAAAUUGUUCCCAACAUAAUUCUGCCCAGCGGAGAGAUAAUAGCUCAUCCACCCAAACCGAGCACACCCACUCCUCCCCAACGACCCAUUUCUGUACCGACGGCGGCGGCUUUAAAGAUGGGUGUCGGCUUUCCGCUGGCCCACCUGGGACCGCCGGGCAGUAAACCGGAUUCAUCGCGCAUGCUUAGCACCCAGGUGAAGCAGGGCAAGCAAGCCACCUCUGUGGAGGCUACACCGUCGACGGCCUGUGGCAUCUGCAAGCGGAGCAAUGACCAACACCUGCUGGUCAAGUGUGAUACCUGUAAAUUGCACUAUCAUUUGGGUUGUCUGAAUCCACCGUUGACCCGACCUCCGAAAAAGUCCAAGCAGUAUGGUUGGCAGUGCUCCGAGUGCUGCGACAAGUCCGACGGCUCAGACGCCCCCACAGAGAUCUCCCCCGGACCGAGAAAGUCGCGUACCCGAUUCAACAAGGAAGGCCACCUGGUCUAUGUAGAUCGAUAUUCCUUGGACGAUUUGCCAAUUGUCCAAACACCUUCAGCUGGAAGUGUUGCUCCAAAAGAAUCUCAGACAAAACGAGCACUUAACAAAUCCCUGCCAGCUAGCGUACCCGAGGCCAUUGAGGACUUGACCAAAUCACCCAAGAGGCCAAGGGUUCAAUCGCCACGCAAAACACCCAUUAACGUUCCUGUCACUAAUGGUACUCCAACGGCCGAAGCAUUGCCCAUACCCAGCACUUCAAUGCUUUCUGGCUGCGACGACUCCAUAGAUGACUCCAGUGGUAAACUGUCUCGAAAGGGUAAGCGUAAGGAUAAGCACAAGAGCAAGCAUAAUCUGUCAUCAGACACCGAAAAACCAUCGGGCAAAGAGCAUAAGCGGAAACGGAAAAAGCGCUCCCACCUGGACGAGUCGUCUUCGCACUUGGACACCACGGCCAACGUGUCGGGCAGUACCAUUAAGAUUAUUUUCAAGGCACUUCGUUUGCCCGGCGAGGAUGCUCCGGAAUCGCAAUAUUUUUAUGUCCCGGCUAAUGCAGUACGAUCCGUUGACGAGGCUUCCCGACCCACGUCCGUGGAAACAGUUGAGGAUAAUACCCAGAGUGUAGAGCAGGCGCUGACGCCAGUGGUCUUUCAAUCGCCCUCGCCAACCAAAGUCCGAGAGUUAAAGGAACCCAAGGAGAGCCCUGCCACCUCCUCCCCGAAGCGAAAAGUUAGCCCCCGAAAACAAAGCCCUCGAAAGUCACGUGUGGGACGUCCGCGGGUGUCAAACACCAAGCCGAAUGUGGAAAUAAACUGUUGUGUUUGUAGCGAGAUAGGAAAAUCCAAUCAAGUGGUCACUUGUGACGAGUGCCAUAGGCACUACCACUUCGCCUGCCUGGAUCCCCCCCUCAAGAAGUCGCCGAAAAUACGAGGAUACUCCUGGCACUGCGCCGACUGUGAUCCCACAGACGACGAGGCACGACCCAAGAAAUAGGUCCACAUAAUUUAUUUACCUUGUAAGAAUUGUACACUUUUGACGAUGCAUUUGAACAAUUUUCUUAAAUUCACAAUUCAGUUAAGUAACAAUUAUUAACUCCAAAAA